CCCCUGUACGAUGGAAAUAUUCUCCUGGUGGCCAAUAGCUCGCACUCUGUCUGAAAUCGUGUAUACGCCCUUCUUAUGGUCUCGAAAUACGCAUCGUCUCUUCAAAAUGACUCGAAAAACUGGUACAUGGUCUCCACGUACUCUUUCGCCUGCGCAUAUCUUUUCUCAUGCUGUUGAAUAUCAGCUUUCUCUGCCCCAAUAUUGUGGAUGGAAAGACUUACCGCUGACUGCUUUUUGGAGUCCAUCUUACGAGCUGCAAAAUCGAGGUAACUGGUCACGAUCUUGUAAUUUGUUACAUAUAUAUGUAAUAAGGACCCCUAUAGCUGAUUUUCGGUACCUACAUUUCAGCCCAACCUGUCAUGCUUCUAAAUCCGUUGCAUUAAUCAAUAUACUAUUCAACUCUCGGCUGCGAAAGGGAUCUAUCUUACGUUCUAUUCGACAAAUGAUCUACCGUCGACAGUCUCCGGUCCAGAUGAUAUGGUUGCUCGUAGGUGGUAGAUUGAGUCACACCGGGUCCGAUUCUCUUAGUCGCAGCUUCAACUGCAGGAACAAAAGCUAG